AUGGUGUUGGUGAACUUGUCGCUGACGACCACCUGGUCCGCCGACAUGCCAACAUUUUCACGGGCCAGGCACGCCAGCGGCCAGCGUGUGGUGGAGGCGUCCGGGCGCGUGUCGCAUGUCCAGGAGCUAGCUACCCACCGGAUAGACCUCAAGGGCAUCAUGAGGACCUUGCUUGUCGCCGCCGCCGCCGCGGCCCUCAUCCUGUCCGCCGCCGCCGGCGCGCUCGGCGUCGCGCCGGCCGACACCGUGGCCGACUCGUGCCACGCGAUCAGCGACUUCGUGGACAUGGACUUCUGCACGUCCCGGCUGCGGUCCGUGCCGGGGGCGGCCGCCGCGGACCGGUUCGGCCACCUCCUGAUGGCCACGGACCUCGCCGUGGCGAGCGGCGCCAAGGCGCAGGACCUCGCGGCGGCGGCGGCGCGCGACGAUGGCAGCGUCGUCGUCGACCCGGGCGAGCGGGACGCGAUGCAGGCGUGCGCGUUCCUGUACGGCGCGGCGUCCGUGCCGGGGCUGCGGCUCCUCCGCCAGUACGCGGCGGCGCGGAACUGGGCCCCCGCCCACGCGCUGGUGAUGCUCACCAUGGACGCCGGCGACGGGUGCGACGCCGCCGUCGGGGGAUCUAAUGGCAGGAUGGCCGGGCCGAACCACGAGUUCGACCAGCUUAGCGCCAUGGUCACCGCGCUGCUCAACAGCAUCAACUUGUACGAUGAGUAGCCGGCCGGCCGGCCGGCGGCGGGCCAUUCCCAUGUAUUCAUGCAUGCUGCAUGCGCGCGCACGGUGGUGAGGGGGAGGCCGGA